GCCUGGCCGGAGAUCCCGUCCCCUUUCCCUUCCCUUGCCGCUCCAAAUGCUAUGCGCCUUCCCGCCUUGCUCGCCGACCAGCGCCGCCUCCGCCGCGUCCUCUCCUCCUCCUCCAGCCCCACGCUCGCGACGCUCACUCGCCUCCACGCCCUCCUCAUCGUCUCCUCCUCCAACCAUCUCCUCGCGUCGCUCGCCGCCGCCUACGCCCGCGCCGGCGCGCUCGACGCCGCGGAGUCCACCCUCGCGACCUCCCCCGCCUCCCCAUCCUCAAUAGCCGCCUGGAACGCGCUCCUCGCCGCGCACUCUCGGGGCGGCUCCCAUCGCACCGCGCUCCGCGUCUUCCGCGCCCUCCCGCCCGCCGCGCGCCCCGACAGCACCACCUUCACGCUCGCGCUCUCCGCGUGCGCGCGCCUCGGGGAUCUCGCCGCCGCGGAAAGCAUCAAGGGCCGCGCGUUCGAGGCCGGUUACAGCAAGGACGUGUUCGUCUGCUCGGCGCUGCUCCACCUCUACUCGAGAUGCGGUGCCAUGGGGGACGCUGUCAGGGUGUUCGACGGAAUGCCGAGGAGGGACCGUGUUUCGUGGAGCACGAUGGUUGCUGGGUUCGUGAGCGCCGGGAGGCCGGUGGAUGCGCUUGGUAUGUACAGGAGGAUGCGGGAGGACGGCGUGGAGGGGGACGGGGUGGUCAUGGUUGGGGUUAUACAAGCUUGCGCAGCAACAGGGGAUGCCCAAACGGGGGCCUCAGUUCAUGGGUACAUACUGCGGCAUGGUAUGAGGAUGGAUGUUGUUGCGACGACGAGCCUUGUGGACAUGUACGCCAAGAAUGGGAAGUUUGAUGUGGCACGCCGAGUGUUUAGAAUGAUGCCGUACAGGAAUGCUGUUUCAUGGAGCGCGCUGAUUUCUGGGUUUGUGCAGAACAGUCAUGCAGAUGAGGCACUUGAUUUGUACAGAGAGUUGUCAACUUCCGGGCUUCAGCCUGAUUCAGGGGCACAUGUUAGUGCACUCCUAGCUUGCGCUGAUAUGGGACUCCUGAAGCUAGGGAAGUCUAUACAUGGCUUCAUCUUGAGGAGGCUUGAGCUUCACUGUAUUUUGGGUACUUCAAUUCUUGACAUGUACUCCAAAUGUGGCUCCCUGGAAAGUGCUGAAAAGCUUUUCGAUAGGGUUUCCUCGAGAGACUUGGUUUUGUGGAAUGCGAUGAUUGCAUGCUGUGGCACUCAUGGACGUGGUCAUGAUGCCCUUGCUCUCUUCCAAGAACUGAACAAAAAUGGAAUAAAUCCUGAUCAUGCCACAUUUGCUUCUCUUCUGUCAGCUCUAAGCCACUCUGGUCUUGUGGCGGAAGGGAAAUUCUGGUUUGAUCGCAUGAGUAAGGAGUUUGGCAUUGAACCUGCAGAAAAGCAUUAUGUAUGUAUAGUUGAUCUCUUAGCACGUUCGGGUCUUGUGGAAGAAGCCAAUGACCUGCUGGCAUCAAUGCAAACUGAACCGACCAUUGCAAUUUGGGUUGCUCUGCUUUCAGGUUGCUUGAAUAACAAGAAGCUAGAGCUUGGAGAAAACAUAGCAGAAAAGAUCCUUGAGUCGCGACCUGAGGACAUAGGUGUCCUUGCACUGGUAUCAAAUCUCUAUGCCGCUGCAAAGAAGUGGGACAAGGUCAGGGAAGCCAGAAAGCUAAUGAAGGAUAGCGGCAGCAAGAAAGUACCUGGCUAUAGCUUGGUAGAGGUCCAUGGAAUGCGCCACAUGUUCGUGAUGGAAGACCAGAGCCAUCCUCAGCAUCAGGAGAUCCUAAAAAUGGUCGCGAAGCUUGAUUCUGAGAUGAGGAAGAUGGGUUAUGUUCUGAGAACAGAAUUUGUGUACCAUGACCUCGAGGAAGGAGUGAAGGAGCAGCUUCUCAGCUACCAUAGCGAGCGGCUGGCCAUCGCCUUUGGUUUGUUGAACACCAGCCCUGGAACGAGGCUCGUGAUCAUCAAGAACCUCAGGGUCUGUGGCAAUUGCCAUGAUGCGAUCAAGUAUAUCUCAAAGAUUGUCGACCGGGAGAUUGUUGUCCGAGAUGCGAAGCGUUUCCACCAUUUCAAAGACGGGGCCUGUUCUUGUAGAGAUUACUGGUGAUUAUGUCUGACUGUUGAGGCACGCCUGUGUGUAGCUUGGGCAGUUCAGUCACCUAGUGUUGAUAUUUGGUCCAGUUGGCUGCAGAGAACUGGCAGAAUGCAUACCGGUUGUGUUCAAGUAAAUUUGACCUCAAAAUCCUUUGAUGCAAAAAACAAUAGUUCACCGCAUCAUCGUAGAAGAAAAAAAAUGACGCUGAGAAUAUUCCAGUGCUUCAAAGUGCAACCGGAGUGCAAAUGGAGCGGCUUAUAAAUUAGGGCAGACUAGUAGGGGAGAGCUCUCUUCUGGUUUUGUUUCUAAAGGUGUUCCUGCCUGGCAGCUUCAGAUCUUGAUCGUGAACAUGAUCUGUUAAUUUAAUAUAAGCUCUCCCUUUUCUUGAAAAGAAACAACAGUUCGCUGAACCUGGUGCUGAUCCUUGUUUAGUUGGCUGAAAGAAGUUUACUCCAGUCAACUAAAGUCCUAUAAACAUCAACUCAAACAAUCCUUCAUGGUUGC